AUGUUCGCCCUCGCCCGCUCGUCGCUCGCUACACGUUGCAUGUCCACUGUGGGCCCGCAUGCGCCCAAGAUUGUCCGUGCCGGCAACGGACGGGUUCCGGACGAAGCGUGGCAAAAGGCCAACAACGCGCGUUCGACGCCCUUCGACGGCUACACCUUUGCCCCUGUGAAGGAGGCCGAGGUGUCCCGCGAAAUGACCACCCGUUACAUGAAGGACAUGUACGACUAUGCGGACUCGGAUGUCAUCAUCGCGGGCGCCGGGUCCGCCGGCCUCUGCGCCGCGUACGAACUCUCCAAGUACCCGAAUGUCCGCGUCGCCAUCAUUGAGCAAAGCGUCGCGCCCGGCGGCGGCGCCUGGCUCGGCGGCCAGCUCUUCUCGUCCAUGAUCGUGCGCAAGCCCGCGCACCACUUUUUGGACGAGCUCGAGAUCCCGUACGACGUCAAGGAAGACCACGUCGUCAUCAAGCACGCGGCUCUCUUCACGUCGACCGUCAUGGCCAAGGUGCUCAAGGCCGACAACAUCAAGCUCUUCAACGCGACCGCCAUCGAAGAUCUCAUCAUCAAGAACGGUCGCGUCGGCGGCGUCGUCACCAACUGGACGCUCGUGACCCUCAACCACGGCACGCAGUCGUGCAUGGACCCGAACGUCAUGGAAGGCAAGGUCUUGAUCAGCGCGUGUGGCCACGACGGUCCCAUGGGCGCCUCGGGCGUCAAGCGCCUCCAGAACAUUGGCAUGGUCGAGAACAUUCCUGGCAUGGGCCCGCUCGACAUGGGCGCGGCCGAAGACGCGAUCGUCGCCGGCACCAAGGAGAUCGUCCCCGGUAUGAUUGUCGCCGGCAUGGAAGUGGCCGAGCUCGACGGCGCGCCGCGCAUGGGCCCCACCUUUGGCGGCAUGAUGAUCUCGGGCCAGAAGGCGGCGCACUUGGCGCUCGAAGCGCUCGGCAUCAAGAGCCACAUCAACCCCAACAUGUCGUUUGCCAUGUCGCCGGUCCGCAAGGCCGCGUAA